UCUGCGAAAUGAAGGCGUUUAUGCUAAUAUGUCUUUUUGGCAUCGUAGCUCUGACAACUUGCUUUCCGACGGAUAAAGAUGAAGAACUUAUAAAAAAAUGUGUACUCCAAGAGAAAGUAACAAAGGAGCAGUUUAUUAGUUCUCUAAAAUCCAGAGUUAUAUCCCCCGAUCGUAAUGUCAAGUGCGCUGUACAAUGUUUUAUGAGCCAAUCAGAUCUAUUCAAAAAGCGCGUUGAACAGUUUAAAAAGAUGGGCCGGUCCGAAACCUGUAGUUCCAUCGAAGAUGCCGAUAAGUGCGAGCAGGGCUUUAAGCAGCUUAUGUGCUUCAUGAAAAUUUAAAUAGUUAUAAUUUAAACUUAAAAAAUUUUAAAUAUAAUUAUUUUAUUUCCUUGUG